GGCAUGGGAGAGGCUGCAGGGCGUUGCUAAAAACGCAGGGGUACAGAUAUUUAAGAAAGCGGCGUAAGCCACGCAAAACAUGGACAGGAACAGAAAAGCGUCGAGUGGCCAACUGAAAGCUAACUACUGUACUUUAAGGAAACGGGCAGAGAGGUUUUAGCAGCUGGUGCUAAAGGGACAAACCUGACACCCGGUCAACACACAUCCUUUUGCUGCUCCCGUUCACUGGGGUCUGAAGUGAGGACGCCACGCCUCUCCCAUCAAAAGCUUUGUCAUUUAGAGAUCCUCCGCUUGUGGUUGCUCAAUUCUCCACUCAUCAAUACUUAAUAGCUUCCUAAUGGCAACUUGUGCUUCCUUUUAAUUUAUGAUUUGGGCUCAAAGCGAUCACAGCGCCUCAUCACAUUUACACAAGUGCUGCCCGAGUGCUUUUUAUAAAAGGCUGUUGGUGCAAUAGAUUACAGCUGCCUCCUGAAUAAUUGGUUGCUUAUUAUCGCCCUAUUUUCAUUUUUGAACAACCGUCAUAAAAAAGAGUUAUAGUCAGCCGUCAAGAUGGUGGAGGCCCCCAUUUUUGCCACAGGCAUGGCCGCCAAGCUCAGGAAUCAGUGGGAUCGCGACGGCGGCCUCGGACAGAACGACAACGCGGUGAAGUUUCUGGGUCAGGACUACGAGUUUCUCAAAGCGCAGUGCCUCCAGAGCGGGACGCUGUUCGAGGACAAUCUGUUCCCCUGCGCCACAUCGUCUCUGGGAUACAACGAGCUCGGCCCCAGAUCCUCCAAGACCAGCGGCGUCCGCUGGAUGAGGCCCUCGGAGUUGUGCAAGCAGCCGGAGUUCAUAGUGGACGGAGCGACUCGCACAGACAUCUGUCAGGGAUCCCUGGGAGACUGCUGGCUGCUGGCGGCCAUCGCCUCGCUGACGCUGAACGAUAACCUCCUCCACAGGGUGGUUCCUCAUGGACAGACCUUUCAGCAGGGUUAUGCUGGCAUCUUCCACUUUCAGUUCUGGCAGUUUGGAGAAUGGGUGGAUGUGGUGAUUGAUGACCGUCUCCCAGCGAAGAAUGGGAAGUUACUGUUUGUCCACUCCGCAGAGGGGACUGAAUUCUGGAGCGCUCUGCUGGAAAAGGCCUACGCCAAGCUGAACGGCUGUUACGAGGCUCUGUCAGGCGGCAGCACAUCAGAGGGCUUUGAGGACUUCACCGGAGGCGUGACGGAGAUGUUUGAGCUGAAGAACGCCCCGCCGGACCUCUUCAGCAUCAUCGGCCGAGCCGUCGAGAGAGGAUCCCUGCUCGGCUGCUCUAUCGACAUCACCAGCUCAGUAGACAUGGAGGCCGUCACAUUCAAGAAGCUGGUGAAGGGCCACGCCUACUCUCUGACUGCUGUGAACGAGGUGGUGUACAGAGGAAACCCGACCAAGCUGGUCCGCAUCAGGAACCCCUGGGGGGAGGUGGAAUGGACCGGGGCCUGGAGUGACAACUCCAGAGAAUGGGACUCCGUGGAUAGCUCCGCCAGAAGUCGGCUUCAGAACUGCAGUGAAGACGGAGAGUUCUGGAUGUCCUUCACUGACUUCCUGCGGGAAUUCACCCGUCUGGAGAUCUGCAACCUGACGGCGGACGCCCUGCAGGACGGCCGGAUGAAGAAGUGGAGCACGUCGCUCUUCGGGGGCGAGUGGAGGAGAGGCAGCACAGCUGGAGGCUGCAGGAACUACCCAGCGACGUUUUGGCUGAAUCCUCAGUAUAAGAUCAUGCUGCAGCACCCUGACACCCCCGGCAAAUCGGACUGCAGCUUUUUGGUGGCGCUCAUGCAAAAGGACCGCAGGAAGAAAAGACAAGAGGGCAAAGACAUGGAGACCAUCGGGUUUGCUCUAUAUGAGGUUCCAAAAGAGUUCGUGGGAAGCUCGGGGGUCCACCUGAAGCGAGACUUCUUCCUCACGCACGCCUCCAGCGCUCGCUCGGAGCAGUUCAUCAACCUGAGGGAGGUCAGCUCACGCCUGAAGUUGCCCGUCGGGGAGUACAUCAUCGUCCCCUCCACCUUUGAGCCAAACAAUGAGGGCGACUUUGUCCUGAGAGUCUUCUCCGAGAAACCUGCCGGCUCUGAGGAGCUGGAUGACAAAGUGGUUGCAGAUCUUCCACCAGAGACUAAAGUUGAUGAGAGCCAGAUUGACGCAAGCUUCAAGAAUCUCUUCAGACAGCUGGCAGGCAAUGACAUGGAGAUCAGCAUGACUGAGCUUCAGACUAUACUGAACAGGAUCAUUGGCAAACACAAGGACCUGAAGACGGAUGGCUUCUCUAAAGAAGCUUGCCGCAGUAUGAUAAACCUCAUGGACGCGGACGGGAGCGGGAAGCUGGGCCUGACAGAGUUCCACGUUCUCUGGGAAAAGAUCAAACGAUACCUGACUAUAUUCAGACAGUUUGAUUUGGACAAAUCGGGCACCAUGAACUCCUAUGAGAUGCGGAUGGCCCUUGAAUCUGCAGGCUUCAAGCUGAACAACCAUCUGUUCCAGCUGAUCAUCCUGCGGUACACAGAGGAAGACAUGUCCAUCGACUUUGACAACUUUGUCACCUGUUUGGUCCGGCUGGAGACGAUGUUCAAAACAUUUAAAAACAUGGACACGGAUGGAGACGGUCAAAUAUCCCUCAACUUCUUUCAGUGGAUUACUCUGACCAUGUUUGCCUAGAGAUGAGUGGAGUCCAUGAACCACAUCCCACUGCAACUCCAGGCCCAUUAUUCCCAGAUGUAUUUCUUUUUUUACAUUUUUACCAGUGCCUUCACUGCUCUCUUCUCCUCCAGGAUGCUCUCUGCUGAGGCCUUGUGUUGCUAAAACAGACACACUUUGUGAUUCCAGUGCCUGUAUCGGAAAUGUGCCAAUUCUUUAUUUGUUGCAUGUUGCCAAAUGAACGGAGCUCUCUUGUUGUAGCCUUGGUCACUCUGGGUGCUACUGUUUUUGUUUUGCUUUUUUGUUUCUUUUUUACCCUUAAGUAAUGCUGAUAAACUACAUAGACAUUGAAAAAAAUUGUUGGCUGUGUCUAAGUGGGUGGACACAGGGUUGUGCUUUUGUAGCAUUUUUUUAAUUCACAAAAUCUUUAAUUUUUAUCACCACACAUCAUGGGGUUUUCUUCCACUAAGACGAAGAUGCUGCAGUCAUUUGCUUUAGUUUGUAAUGACCACCUGUGCAACUCGUGGUCAUUUGGAAACUUUAUAAAGUUUUUUCUCUCUUCCUCGCCUUCUCUGAUUCAGAAAUAUUAAUGCUUCUGCUGUGAUUUCUUGAAAUUCAAUAGUGCAAACAUUGCUCUAAAACCUCAAAUUUUAAAUGUUAGGAAUUAUUGGUUGAUAUCUUUCUCUCAUACUAAUCCCAUAAAAUCUGUUUUUUGUUGUUGUUUUUUUUUUUACGUGGGCCACGGCCCAGUUGUUGAUACACGUUGUUUAGCCAUUUAGCUAAUUAGCGCUUCCAGCCAGUUGAUCAAAGCUCUGCAAUUCCUCAGUCACUUCUGACUGAAAUGAACAGUUCAGAUAAUCCGGAGCAGGGUUCAAUUAAAUAAAUAUAAAUGUUUUACAUACGGUAGAUAAUUCCCUUGGCAUCUUUGAGAAAACUCCGUUUUAGCGCUGACAGGUAGCUAGAGAGGGGCUAAGACCAAAGAAGGUUUAAAUUCUUGGUCUAAACUUUUAAAGCAUUUCAUCUGAGCGCUAUUACAAACCUUCUUUAGAUGAGCUUUUACCACAAAGGCAGUGUUGGUGUGCAGUCAAAAUGAACUAUUUGAAAAACUUUUUGCAAAGUAAAGCAUGUUUACAGUUUUGCCAAACCUUCAGACAUGCAUGUGAUUAUCUCACACAAACAACGAUAAAGACUUAGUGUUCAUAUAAAUGGCCGACAUUCUUCAGAUUGGAGUUGUUUUAACUUGGCACACGUCCUGUUGUUGGCAUUAUUUUUGCUCUGAUUAGCUUGGAAAUCUUGUUAACUUGAGGGGGUGUGGGAAAUGUUUUUAUUUUUCACCAAAGCAUAAUCACUUCUCUGUUUCUUGCAAGAUACUUCACUUGUAAUGUCUGAACGGUAACGGCAUACUACUAAGUUCUACACCGUUAUGAACGUUUAAAAGUACUGAAACCUUUUUUUCAUUUUUCUAAAAUAUAUUUUUUACAAUACUUAAGACCUGGGUAUAAAACUGCAAAACUUUUAGUUUUCCACCCUCUUAGUUGCAGUUCAAGUAUAUUUAAUAGUGAGUGAUAAAAAUCUGGACCAGCUGAGAGAAGAGUCUGUGUUAAACUUUGCUUUGCAACACCUCAGUCCGUUGAUGCAAGCAACAGAAAAUGAGAGCAAGCAUCUAAAAAUCAUGCCCAGCAUUUAACCUAAACAAAUAUAUGCAAUAUUAUAUUUUGGAUGUUUGUAGCAGUGCUAAUGGCCUGGCUUGUCAAUGUUGAUGUCUUGUGCCAUACUUCUUCUACUCUCUUAUCAACUGAGGUCUGGUGGUUUUCACACUGUAUCACAGAGAAUGUUUUGACUUCAAUAUAUCCGGUCCUGUUUAGCUUUUAUUGUAUACAUGCUCAUUGUUAUGCAUGGCAUUUUGGACUGUUCUGCAAUAUCCUGGGGGGUGGGACGACCUUUAACCUUUUUGUAACAGCUGGAUUUUUAUACUCUGGCAAAGGGAUUAUGUCAACGUAUUUCAUCAUGAAGUGUGAGGUGAACUUGAACAUUUUUGCAAAGCGGAUGGACAAUGUGUGCAUGAAGUGUCAAAUGUAAAAAUGAUCUGCUUUUAAGAAUGGGGUUCUGUUUUUUUAUUACUACUACGAUGGGAGCAAGAUUUUGAGAUCAUGUGUAAUGUUACAACAUUAAGCCUUAUUCAAUAUAUACAGUAUAUCAUAUGGGGGUAAAAAAAACCCAACAUGUUUGCCAUUUAAAAAAAAAAACAAAAAACAUUUUGUAAAUGGAAGAACGGCAAUUUGUGACCUGCGUCUUUAAAUCGUUCAAACCAGCCCCUUCAUUUUUGCAUCAUUGCUGACGCUCUGACUUUUGCAGCAUAAUGCUUAUGCAAUGUUGUGUAAAGUUUACACAGGGUGAUUUUCCUCCGGGUCACUUUGAACCCAUCCAUCAUUCAAUAUUGUGGUUUACAUCGGUGCUUUCUGUCAACUCUCUACACACACUUUAUAAAUAAAAAUGAGCCUUUGAAUUCACCGUCA